AACACUUUCCCUUUUCCUCUCCCCUCCCACUUCCUUCCCUUCCCCUCUCUCUCAUCAAAUUAUAAAAUCUUUUGAUUCUCUCUCUCUAAACUCCCCCAUCUUCAAUCCCAUGAUCUGAAGAUACAGAUUCGAUCCUUUAUAUUAUUAUCAAAGUCCCCCCCUACAGAUCGGAGAGAUAGCGACCCGCAUGAGAGAGGAUCGCUCCGAUAUGUCCGAGGACGAUGACACGCCGGAUCUCGCCGCCGUCUCCACCAUCGAAACGUCGUCGUCUAACCGGCCCCGCGGCUGCUCUGCCGACGGCGAGUACGUGUCGCCUUACCCGGAUCAAGUCCUCGAGAACGUUCUAGAAAACGUGCUUUUGUUCCUCACCAAUCGCCGAGACAGAAACGCAGUCUCCCUGGUGUGCAAGGCUUGGUACCAUGUGGAGGCGCUCACCCGAUCGGAGCUCUUCAUCGGCAACUGCUACGCUGUGUCGCCCCGCCGCGUCGCCGAGCGGUUCCGCCGGGUGAGGGCGGUGACGGUGAAGGGGAAGCCGAGGUUCGCCGACUUCAACCUCAUGCCUCCCAAUUGGGGUGCGCACUUCACCCCUUGGGUCACUGCCAUGGCAUACUCUUAUCGUGCGCUGGAGAAGCUCUGCCUCAAGCGUAUGUCUGUGAAGGACGAAGAUCUGGAGCUCCUCGCUCAUUUCCCUUGCUUCAAGGAGCUCGUUCUUGUCUGUUGUGAUGGCUUCGGUACCAGUGGCCUCGCUGUCGUUGCUAGCAAGUGCAGGCAACUUCGAGUGCUUGAUCUGAUUGAGGAUGAGGUUACGGAUGAUGAGGUGGAUUGGGUUUCUUGUUUCCCGGAGGGUGAAACUUGUCUUGAGUCUCUAAUUUUUGACUGUGUGGAAUGCGCUAUAAAUUUCGAGGAGUUGGAGCGACUGGUGGCGAGAUCUCCUUAUUUGAAGAAACUUAGGUUGAACAGAUAUGUUAACAUUGGGCAGCUUUACCGUCUGAUGAUUCGAGCUCCAAACCUCACACAUCUUGGUACCGGGUCAUUUAGCCCUUCAGAGAAUGUUGCUCAAAGUGAUCAGGAACCAGAUUACGUCUCUGCUUUUGAUUCUUGCAAGUCGCUAGUUUGUCUCUCGGGAUUUAGGGAAAUUAUAGCGGAUUAUCUGCCUGCAAUCUACCCAGUCUGUGUUAACCUCACCUCUCUAAAUUUUAGUUAUGCCAACAUCAAUGCAGAACAACUUAGACCAGUCAUACGCCACUGCCAUAAACUCCAGAUUUUUUGGGUGCUUGAUUCGGUAUGUGAUGAAGGACUUCAAGCAGUGGCUGCAACAUGUAAGGAUCUCCGUGAGCUUCGGGUGUUCCCUAUCCAUGCUCGGGAGGAUAUUGAGGGCCCUGUUUCUGAGACAGGUCUCCAAGCAAUUUCCGAGGGGUGUAACAGGCUGCAGUCAAUUUUAUAUUUCUGUCAGCGAAUGACAAAUGCCGCAGUGGUAGCCAUGUCAAAGAACUGUCCUGAUCUUGUGGUGUUCCGUCUUUGUAUAAUGGGGCGACAUCGGCCUGAUCACGUUACUGGAGAACCCAUGGAUGCAGGUUUUGGAGCCAUUGUUCAGAACUGUAAGAAACUUACUCGACUUGCUAUAUCUGGGUUACUAACUGAUAAGGCUUUUAGUUACAUUGGACAAUACGGGAAACUGGUUAGGACCUUGUCUGUUGCUUUUGCUGGGGACAGUGAUACGGGGCUGAAAUAUGUGCUUGAGGGCUGCCCUAGGUUACAGAAGCUUGAGAUCAGAGAUAGUCCCUUUGGAGAUUCGGCUUUGCGUUCUGGUUUGCAUCACUAUUACAAUAUGAGGUUUCUCUGGAUGUCUUCAUGUAGGUUAAGUCACCGAGGCUGCAAGGAGAUUGCACAACAAAUGCCCCACCUGGUGGUGGAAGUGAUCAAUGGGGAGGAUCAGCCAGAAGAGAGGAGUGCUGAAUUGGUUGACACAUUAUACAUGUAUAGGUCCCUUGAAGGGCCAAGGGCUGAUGCACCGAGAUUUGUGACAAUCCUGUAAACUCACACGUGUGAAAAUGUUCCAUCUGUUCUUACAGUGGCUUCUGAGGAAGUUAUAAACUCUAUUUGUGGGAAAUUUGAAUGACAGUUGGUUGCUUUUAACCCACAAGUUGUUGUAAACGGGAAUGCCACUCAUGUUCUUGACUUGAGCUAUUGGAAUGGCAUUCAAAGCAAAAGAGCUCUCUGAAGGACCUGUUUACUUUAUGCUUUGGUUCUUCCGGAUGGUAUAGAGAAGGGGUCUUAAUGUUGAAGAUGAAUCUCUCUCUGCAGGGGCUCAGCCAUCCAAUGUUGUUGUGUUGGUACGCAUUUAAAUUUUAUGUUUCUUUUCUGCUUUCAUAUUCAUUUUCAUAAAUGAAGGCUUCUAGAGGUUAGUGAGGGAGGAGGGAAUAUUGAGCUGCAUUUAAAGAUUGAUUAGAUAUUUAUUAUAUAACACUCGAUCAAAUUGGUACCGAGUACCCUCAUGAUUGGAGAUUUGAGACAUUGAAAAUUCAAGAAACUAUUUGUUUGGGGCCUCAGAUGCGAAAGAUCAAGUUUUCUCUCUUUUAGUAGAAUUGAAGUAAUGCUUAUUUUUAUUGGAAUGUUAAAGCUGUAGCUGGUGAGAACUAAUGCCCAGAAGAAUGAUACAUCUUUCUCUCUCUAGAAAGUAAGUUUGUUUUUUUCAGAUAUUAUUAUGUUGUUCUUAGAACCUGACUGUUUGAAUUUAUUGUUAUUGCUGUUGUUAUUGUUA